AUGACAAGCCUAUUGGCAGAAGAUAACGUGGAGUCCCAGGGCUCAGAUGAGCUUGAAUGCAAAAUCUGCUACAACCGCUAUAACCUGAGGCAGAGGAAACCUAAAGUGCUGGAGUGUUGCCACAGAGUAUGUGCCAAAUGCCUUUGCAAGAUCAUAGACUUUGGGGAAUCUCCUCAGGGAGUCAUUGUUUGUCCAUUCUGUAGGUUUGAAACAUGCCUGCCUGAUGACGAGGUGAGUAGCCUUCCAGACGAUAACAACAUCUUGGUCAAUUUGGCUUAUGGAGGAAAGGUGAAGAAGUGUCUACCAGACAACCCUACGGAACUUUUGUUGACUCCCAAAAGGUUGGCCUCCCUUGUCAGUCCUUCCCACACCUCCUCCAACUGUCUGGUUAUUACCAUCAUGGAGGUACAAAGAGAGAAUCCCCCGACACUGAACUCCACCCCAGUGGUGGAAUUCUACAGGCCUACAAGUUUUGAUUCUGUGGCAUCGGUACCCCACCAUUGGACAGUGUGGAACUGUACCUCCUUACUCUUCCAGACUUCCAUUCGAGUCCUAGUUUGGUUGCUAGGCUUGCUGUAUUUUAGUUCUUUGCCUUUAGGGAUCUACUUACUGGUAUCAAAGAAAGUCACUCUGGGGGUAGUAUUUGUCAGCCUGGUUCCCUCGAGUCUUGUUAUUCUCAUGGUUUACGGCUUUUGCCAAUGUAUAUGUCACGAGUUUUUGGAAUGUAUGGCUUCUUCUUAA